UGCUAACAAUUUUGCAUUAACAACAUUCAUAGUCAGAAAAUAACGUUGAAAUAUUGUUGAAUUUUUCACAAGUAGUUUGGCAGCAUGUUUUGUUAUAGCUCUAAAAGGUUUCCCUCAUUUUUAUUGUAGCCUUUAGAUAAAACUCUUCUUGUUGAUGAACAAACCACCAAGUACUUGACAACAGAGCUAGGACAGGGAAAAGAACCACUGCCUCUUUAAAUGUCAUCCAUACACGUCUAUCACAGAACUGGAGUUUUUGUUGUUGCUUGGCAACUGGAACUACACCCCCUAGCAACUGCUAUACCAGCUUUCCAACAACAGAUGAAGACUUUGUGCCUGAAUGAUUUCCCUUGUGGUACUGGGAGCUGGAACAGGUCCAAGUAUUCCAUAAAGGAGGCCAAAAGUAGCAAGUUACCAAAAUAUCAUGGAGAGAAGGAAGAGGAACAGGAUAAAGAUGUAAAUGAGGAAGACCAGCAGACAUUGAAAGAAUAUCUAACUGAUGAGCAGUCACCUUGGAAUGGCGAGGAGCUGAGCCCAGAGAACCAGCAUCUGAGGGAAUUGGCAAUCUCUUCACCUUCACUCGUGAAUGAAAACUUCCUUUGCUCCAAGUUAAAAACCUUAAGAAUUGUGAAUAAACAGAUCACUGAGGUUGACAAGGACUUGCUGAAAUUUCAGAAUCUGGAGGAACUUACAUUAAGUGCGAAUGGAAUCACUACAUUAAAUUCAGCCAAUCUUCCAAGAAAGCUGAAGAUUCUUGAGCUCUGCACCAAUGAGAUUUCCUCUUUAAAGGACCUGAGCCAGAGCCCACCUCCUGGGUUACAACACCUGGGACUGUCAUACAACAAGCUUUCUCUUGACUUGGAGUACAAAUACCUCUCAGAUGAAUUCUGGCCCAAUCUAAUAUCGCUUGAUUUGAGUUUUAAUGACUUUGUGAAUUUGCUGGAUAUUGUGGCUCAUCUUACUUUGCUGCCAAAACUGAAGAACCUUAUUCUCCAGGGCAAUCCAUUUGCCCUUCUUCCCAAUUACCGGGGCUAUGUAAUAGAUACAUUAAAGAACCUUACUGCUCUGGAUGAUGUGUUGAUAUCCUCAGAUGAAAGACAUAUUUUUAUGCUUGUGUCUAAAUAUGAAGAAUUUAAUGCUAAUGUCGCUCGGAUAAAAUUAAGUAUUGGAAAUGUAACAGGCAUUCCCAACCCCAUUGAUCCUCUGGAGGAGUUACCAGAAUUUCCAGUUGUCAAGAGGAAUUACUUUGUAACAUAUGACUUUCUCGAAGAUUCAAAAGAUUUUGAGGUGAUAAAUAAAGAGACCACAGGAAAUAAAAAACAAAAUGAAAACUCCUCCAGUGAAAUGCCAAGUGAGACUGGCACAACCUCCACACCAGCAUCUCCUGACCCUGUCGCCAACUCUCCACAAAUAGAACAGGAGCAAGCUCACAGUGUAUUUACUCACAAGAUACCUCAAAAACCAUGGGCAGAUCCUAUUGUGUAUAACUACACCAAGGAGUUCAAUGUGACAAAGCUGUAUGCACUGAAGAAAUUGCUACAAAAUGGUCUGACAAUAAAAGUCAUUGAAGAAAAGGUCCUUUCAUGGCCAGUUAAAACAUUGGAAACUUCAGAAGCCCCCACAAAAGAGAAAGGGAAAGGACAAGAAUCUGCAAAGGGAGGUAAAGCCAGCGCCAAGGAUCAGAAGGGCAAAGCCAGCGGCAAGGAUCAGAAGGGCAAAGCCAGCGGCAAGGAUGUAAAGAAACAACCUACUGUAUUUCAAAGUGACACACCCAUUGAGAGAAUACUGGGGACAUGCCAUGUCAAUCUGCACUCCAUUCUAGCAGGAAAUAAUUUGUUUGAGAUGGUUUGUGAUUUAGGAAUUCCUGAAAAUGAACCAAAACCAAAACCACCAACUCCCGAUGAUAAGGAGUCCAAAAAAGGAAAAAGUGCAAAGAAAAAAGAUGACAGGAGUUCAAAAGCUGAAAAAGGCAAUGAGGCAAAGCCCAAAAGUAAAUUAAAAGACAAACUGGACAACAAGAAAGGGAAAGAACAAAAUGACUCAGAGCUUUUGGAAGAAGUCGUGCCAAAGCAUCUCUUUGUUGAGGUUAAGCUACAUUUUCAGCGAUGGUUCUCCACAGCAGAUGCAUGGAAAGAAAUAAACAGUAAUGAAUCUGCAGUCAUUUUGCUCAAAUUGUAACUCUGCA